CUCCUCUUCGCUUAGAGCACUGGUCAUGACAGCAAUCACAAAGAAUCUGCCUUGGUUCAUUCGCGACCUCGGUGUCUCCAUUGUCGGACAGAAAUGCUACGAGUCUAUCGUUGAAGACCUCAACCUCGGCGAUGUCGAGUGUCUCAAGUACUCUCUCUCUAAAGGCCUUGGGCUUGGGAUCGUUGUCGGAGGCUCUAUCAUGAAGGUUCCUCAGCUCCUUCUCAUUCUUAACGCCCGUUCAGCACGCGGCCUCUCCCUGUCUGCCUACGUCCUCGAGACGCUCGCAUACGCAAUCACCACCUCCUACGCAUUCCGCAACAACUUCCCCUUCUCCACCUACGGCGAGAACCUCUUCCUCGCCAUCCAGAACACCAUCAUCACCCUCCUCAUCGUUCAACUCACUCCGUCCCCUCCUUCACUCUCCAAGCCCGCCCAAUCCACUGCACCCCGUGUACUCGCCGGCGCCGGCGCAGCCGCACUUGCGUUCGUUGCACUCUACGCUGCACCCUCCGAGGCGCUGUCCGCGCUCCAGCUCGCCACACUCCCGCUCAGCGUGCUCUCCAAGCUUCCGCAGAUCAGGCAGAACGCGCGCGCCCGCUCGACGGGCCAGCUCUCCGCGUUCGCUGUCAUCGCCCAGGUCGGCGGGUGCGCCGCCCGCUUGUUCACCACAGCGGCCGAGGUCGGCGACAUGCUCGUCGCCGCGGGCUUCGUCAUCGCGCUACUACUCAAUGUCGUCCUCGCCGCGCAGAUGUGGAUGUACUGGGGCCGCGAUGAUGUUCCUUCCGCUGUCCCCGCGUCGGUCAUGAGGGAGAAGGUGCCUCAGGACCAGAUUGACGUUGUGGUGCCGCCCAAGUCGCCCUUGGUGCCGCGUCAGGGCUUGCCACGCACUGCGUCGCCUAUCCCUAGGCGCUGGUCUCGCAAGGUCGAUUAAACCAAGCUCUGCUGCUUGGUGAUAGCGUUUCUUCCAGUUUAUAUGCGACUAGCUUAGAUAACUUAUUGCUUACGCUCCUGUGCUGCAGUAAUCCGUGUUCAAUGGGCUCCAUUGUGCCUUUGCAUCUAUCCGACCCUCAUCCGUCGGGCUACAGGUUUGUUGCAUGUGGCAUAACAUAAGCAGGUUGAGAAGCUGGAAGAUGAUAUCCGUGUACUGGCC